CUUGUGAAGAGCGAAAGUGUUUCAUUGUUUUUAUUAAUUUAGUACUUAUUUUUCGAGAUUUACCUAUUUAAAUAUGAGAACUAGCCACUCACAGUAUUUAACAAUGGUGGAAUUUAUGGAAGCAAAUGGAGAUUUAUCAAAACCAUCAGGCGGUCCACGAGGUCGCAAUUUUAUACAGAUGAAGUGGAAAGAGUUAACGGGAUUACUAAAUAGCGAUUCUUCAGGAGAUCCUAAGAGUGAGGACAAAUGGCGUAAGGUGUGGAGUGAUUAUAAGAAUAAUUGCAAGAAAAAGUGUGCUAAAAUUAAUAGAGCUGCUAGUGGCACUGGUGGCGGACCAGCUCUCCAUUUAUUAUUGACUGACCAAGAACAAAGGGUCAUGCAGAUAAUUGGAGUGCAGGCAGCUACUGGCAUGGAGAUAAAAGAAGCUGGGUUUCCACAAGAAGAAAUUUCAACUGAGAGGCCAAAUACUCAAAUUAUUUUAAAGGAACCGGAAAUAGAUUGGAAUACUCCUAGCACAAGCAGCCAACCAACAGUGGCUCCACCACCACCAACUGAGGCUCCCCCUCCAGUUAUUAACGAGGAAGAGGAGUGGAACCCUCCGCCACAGAAAAAAAGAAAAAACAAUUUAACAAAAAUGUUUUUAGAUAUAGACCGAAAGGCAAGGGAGUAUGCUUCAGAGCGUGAUAGGGUAUAUGAGGAAUUAGAAAGAGAUCGGUUGAGAGUUAGAGAAUUUGAGGUACGUGAAAGAGUAAGACAGAGAGAUGAAGAGCUACGGAUGCAGGGUCAAUGGCUGGAAUUUAUGAAAGAGGCAAUGGAAGCUUUUGUGAGGUUUAUGGAGAGAAAGUCUUAAGUUAAGCUUAAUUACUAUAUUUUUUUACCAAUUACUUAAUUAUUUUAUUUUAUUUUAUUUUACCAAUUACUUAAUUAUAAUUACCAAUUACUAUAUUUUUACAAAAUUAAUAAACAAAAGUAAAAUUA